AUAUUUAUUAAUAAUUAGUAUAGUGUGAUAUUGAUUUUCUUAGCUUAUGGUUCAGAAUUUACCAAAAGCCAAAAAUGCACGUUCUAAGCGUUUUUUAGAAAAACGCUUACCUCAAGUAAUAGAACAUCCUAAGAAGGCUAUAUUUAUAAAGGGGAACAAUACUGGAGAAGUACUUUACGAGUUUUUAAAAGAUAUUGAAUGUUUAAAAAAACCUGAUGCCGUUUUUUUUAAACGUAAAAAUCCCAUUCUUCCUUUUGAGGAUGCUUCUUCUCUUGAAUUUUAUUCUCAAAAAACGGAUUGUUCUCUUUUUAUGCUUGCUAGCCAUUCUAAAAAGCGUCCCGACAACGUUGUUAUGGGCCGAACCUUUAAUUUUUGUUUGUUAGAUAUGAUUGAGUUUGAGUUAAUGAAUUAUGAACCAUCUUUUUUUUUUGAGAAAGUUAAAAGGCCUGUCUUUGGCAGUAAGCCGUGCUUUGUCUUUUCUGGCGAGCUUUUUGAAAAAAAUCUAGAUUAUACUAAAGCUAAGAACUUAAUAUUGGACUUCUUUCGCGGUCGCACUGCUGAGUUUAUUAGUCUUCAAGGACUGGAAUGGGUGAUUUGCGUUAGUGCUAGUAGUGAGCUUUUGUACUUCAGGACAUACGCAAUAGUUUUAAAGAAAUCAGGGACUCGAAUUCCUAGAGUAGAACUAGAAUUGAUUGGGCCUAACAUGGAUUUGAAAAUAAGAAGAACAUGCUUUGCUCCUUUGGCUCUAAUGAAACAAGCACUAAAAAAACCAAAGAUUUUGAAUCAACCAAAAAAGAAAUCAAUUUCUAAUGAUGAUUUUGGAAAUAAAAUUGCUCGAUUACAUCUUGAAAAACAAGACUUCAGCAAAUUACAAACACGAAAAAUGAAAGGAUUGAAGAGGAAAAAAAAGAGCGACUUGAAUAGUAUUGUAUCAAAUGAAGCGCAUCCGAGUUUUAAAAAACUCCAAACGGAUUCAUAA